AUGACAAACCGUUAUACAGUACAUUUUUAUGGCUCAUAUCUGCUGUACGCUGUGUCGCUGUUCUUGGCCUGCCUAAUGGUCCUGCAGUCCAACCGGGUCAGAGAGAUUCAGGUCGAACUGCGGGAGCUGCGUCAGUGGACCAGUCUGGUGUGCGGGGACAGAAAGGAAUCAUCUGCUGAUAGCUCUCGCUGUGGGGUAGGUGAGUUCAUACAUUUACUAAUAGGUUAUAGUCUACACGAAAAAGAAAACACUAUUGUGAAACUUUGCUUGAUGUGUAAAGUAGGUCUAGGUUUUUGAGAAUUUACAAGAAGUCAAUAAAUAUUCUUAGGCUUACCCACUAGGCCGUUUUAGAUUUUGAAGUAAUGAAUCAAGAUGCUUGUUAAUGCUUAGAACAAUAAGGCCUAUUCCACCACACUUCUCAGUAGAGUUGAAGUCUGGAAAAUGACUUCAUUGUUUACCACCAGGGUUGGGGAGUUGUUACAUGUAAUGUGAUUACAAAAAAACUGCAAAAAUAUUGAAAUCAGAUUACAGAUACUUUUGAAAAACUAGAUGAUUACUUCUUGGAUUACUUUUAAAGCCAGAAAGGAUGUUUGUGAAAAAAUACAUGAUCAUACCUUUCUGUUUUCUCAAUGACAUUCAGCAUCGAAAAUAGGUGCAAGUUUAAGUUUGUUCAGCCUGACAGAGUCUGACCACAAGACAGAGACCACUAUGAUGACACACCAAAUGCGUUUUAUGGAUCAUUUUUGUCUUCUUCUAAUACCACUUAAGGGGAAAGUUAUCCAAAAGUAAAAGAAAGUAAUCCGAUUAUGUUACUGAGUUUGAGUAAUCCAAAAGUUACGUUGCUGAUUACAAUUUUGGACAGGUAACUAGUAACUCGAGCGGAUUACACUUAGAAAGUAGCCUACCCAACCCUGUUUACCACAUAUCUGAAACAUUUGAUUCCUAUCACACUAUCAGGUGAUGUGUAAAGUAUGUUUUCGAGAACUUAUGAGACAUCAUCAAUUCAUAUUCUUAGGCUACUGGGCUAUUUUGAAGUUAUUAAUGCUUAGGUGUUCGAGCAAUAAGGCUUAUUAUCCACCACACUUCUCAAUGGAGUUGAAGUCUGGAAAAAUAUGACAAUUAUGUGAUUGUUUACUACAUUUCUGAAACAACUGAUUCUUGUCACACUAUGAGGUUCACAUCUGAUGUCAUCUGGCAUUUGACACAGAUAUCUGACUCUCACAGACAUACACAAUGGAAUGGGAUUCGAGGAAAGAGGGAGAUUUCAAGAAAUGGGAGACGGAGGCAGCGGCGCACUGGUCAGUCUCUACCGACACACACAUACACACACACAUACACAUACACGCACAACUUGCUUAAUAUUUUAUAAUUUCCAUUUCAUCCAGCAGGGAGGAGUGCCUUUCUUCACCUUGUUCCUCUGUCAUCACACUCAUAUGGUGAGUCGAAUGUACACGGACAUCACAUCUAUACUGUACAUUAUCUUUCUCUCUCACACACACUAUAGCCCUGUUUAGUCAUCUACACCUGUCUAAAAAUGUGGGCACAUUCGGAAUGUGGACAACAUCAGGAAAAAGGAUGCAUGUUAGAACCAGGUAUAAACGGGGCUUUGCAUUAACUACAAUACUCUCCAACAUUAUUUUGUCUCCAACAUACAUACACACACAUACACUCCAUGUUUUUAACCACUAUGUUGUCUCAGAUGAAGAUGACUACACUCUGGUAAAAUGGGCUCUAGGACUGAGUCGUCUAGGGGAGGGGCUGCAGGUCUCUGGAGAAAAGGUCACCGUGGUAACCGAAGGGACUUACUUCAUCUACAGUCAGGUAGCCUAUUAAAACUAGACAUUGUCAUCUCUUGAGAGGCUGUCAAGCCAAGGUCCUCUCUAUACCAUCACUGUGUUUGUGUACAGGUGCUGUAUAAAGACACCACAUGGACUAUGGGUCAUGUGAUCAAGAAGCGUCUACGUGGUAUGGAGACCAUCUUGAUGAAAUGCAUACAGAGUAUGCCCAGCAACAUCACUGUGGCCCAAAACACCUGCUUCACAGCCGGUGAGUGUACCCAACCCCCCGGCCAGUGUGUGUUACAAACGACAUUCAAAUGAAUUACUUAUAAUACGGAACACAAUUACUGCACUACUACACCCAGUGCUGAAGUUACUGGUGUUUAUCUCCCAGGUGUCCAUUACCUGGAGCCAGGAUCCACUCUGGAACUCUCCAUUCCCAGGAAAUCUGCUGGGCUUGUCCUCAAGCCUCAGUCCACCUUCCUUGGCAUGUUCAGGAUCUGA